UUGGUGGGCUCCUUUUCCCUUACCCAAACACUACUUUUACUCUAUCCUCCAUUUUCUCUCUAUCAUCUGCCACAAAUUUUGUCACACUAUCAAUUCUUUGUCAACCCAAUUAACUUAUCUUCUUCUCUGUUCUGUUCAUGUAGCAGACAAAUCUUCAAAUUUUUAAAAACCAUUCAAUUCUUUAUAUAAUUAAAGAUUUUAGAUACCCAUUUCAUAAAUUUAACUUAAAACACCAGAAAGAUUGGAUCUUUUUUAAUGGGUUAUCUCUCUUGCAAGGCAGACUCAGCCAUUGCUACCUCCACAUCAGUUUCACAAGAAAAACCAAUCAAGAUCCAGCAGUUUCAUUACAGUGAUCUUGAAGCAGCCACCAAUGGCUUCUCUGAUCAGAAAUUGCUGGGUAAAGGCAGCCAUGGAUGUGUUUACAAGGCAGUCAUACGUGGGCGCCAUGUAGCUAUCAAGAAACCCUCAAAAGGGCUUGAAAUUGGGCAAGAAGUUGACAAUGAAAUGGAGAUUUUGUCCAAGAUUCAUAGCCCAAGAUUGGUAAAUUUACUAGGGUUUGCUAAUGACACUAAAGAUAGGUUACUUGUUGUUGAGUUUAUGAGUAAUGGUACUCUUUAUGAUGUUCUUCAUUCCAAUUCUAGACCACCCAAUUGGGGUAGGAGAGUUAGAUUAGCUUUACAAAUUGCUAAAGCUAUUGACACUUUACACUCACAAAAUGUAAUUCAUAGAGAUGUUAAGUCUGCUAAUGUGUUGAUUGAUAGGAAUUUUAAUGCUAGAUUGGGUGAUUUUGGUUUAGCAUUGAGGUGUGGUGGUAUAGAUGAUGAUUAUAGGCUUAAGUCGACUCCGCCGGCCGGUACGAUCGGUUAUCUUGAUCCAUGUUAUGUGACUCCUGAUAAUUUGAGUACCAAGACUGAUGUUUUUAGUUUUGGGAUUUUGUUGUUGGAGAUUAUAAGUGGGAGAAAAGCUAUAGAUGUAGGGCAUUCCCCUCCUUCAAUUGUGGAUUGGGCAAUUCCUCUUGUUAAGAAAGGGAAACUUAGUGCUAUUUAUGAUCCUAGAAUUGCUCCUCUUAAGGAUCCUAUGAUUAGAAAGCAAUUGGCUUUGAUUGGUAGUAAAUGUGUUAGGUCUUGUAGGGAGAGGAGGCCUGCAAUGAAAGAAGUGGCUCAUUGGUUAAGUGCAUUGAGUAAAUUGGUUCCUCUUCAUUCAUGGAAUGGAUUUAACAAUCCUUGUAUGAUGGUUGAGACAAUGGGACGUCCCGUUGAGAUGAGAAAUACCCAAUUCGGUGUUAGACCGGAGGGUGUAGGUGACGAGAAUUUGGAUGGCGUGCAAUCCGUGAAGGAUUCGCGGAGAGUUUAUUCGGAUUUAGGGUUUCGGAGCAAUUUGAUGGAUCUCAUGGCGAGUGCAGAAGCAGAGACUGCGGUUGAAUCUAACAUCAAGUCUGGAAAUCGGACUUUUAGCUCGAGAUUUGGUAGCGGAAGAUAUAAUAUAAAAAAGUUACCACUAUCAAAGGCUUGUAUUAGUGAUAAAGGUCUCUUUCAAAUGAGAAGAAACCAAUCUGCUGGGAACGGUACAGAAUUGUUUCCGAAGCAGGAUGACGCAGUUGCUGGUUCGAGUUUUAGUACUCAAGAAUGUGGUGAGAUUGUAAAAAUGAGUGAAGCAACUUUGACAACGGAGCAAAGCUCGGGCUUGUAAGCUUCUCUUAGCUUGUGAAUUACAUUGAUUUGUUGAUUUUCAGUUAUUCUUGAAAUGUUAAUUGUAUGUAGAUGAAGGGCACAUUGCUGAUGUCCCCUUUAUAGUCUGUUUUGUUGAUUCCUUUCAUUUAUUUACAUCUUUGAUAUGCAAAGGUUUUGUAUAUUACAGAAUUGCUUAUGAAUAAAUGUACUUCAAAAUGCAAA